AAGUCACAAAAAAACAUAAUGUUGGUAGAAUGUUGAAAGGUUGGCAACACUAAAUGUCUCAUAUGUCAGGGUGGACGGCCGUCUUCAAUUUGUAGGUGACGUGUCUGUAUUUAUGUUAAAUUCUGUUUGGAAUUUAAGAAAAUGAACGCCUUUAAGCGUGAUAAAAAAGAAGAGGAGGAUGGAGGUGGAAAUCCCUUUCAGAAUUUGGAGAAAACAUCGGUACUCCAAGAGGCACGUACUUUUAAUGACACAUCUGUCAAUCCACGAAAAUGUGCACAUAUUUUAACGAAAAUUUUAUAUUUACUGAACCAAGGGGAACAACUUGGCAGUACAGAAGCGACAGAAACAUUUUUUGCAAUGACUAAAUUAUUUCAAUCCCGCGAUGUUGUUCUACGUCGUUUAGUUUAUUUGGGAAUAAAGGAACUGAGUUCAAUUGCCGAUGAUGUGAUUAUUGUUACAUCGAGUUUGACGAAAGAUAUGACAGGGAAGGAGGAUUUGUACAGGGCUGCUGCAAUCAGAGCAUUAUGCACAAUAACCGAUGCGGGAAUGUUGGCGGCAAUUGAACGUUACAUGAAACAAGCGAUCGUCGAUCGUUCUCCAGCAGUUUCGAGUGCAGCUCUCGUUUCAUCGUUGCACUUAACGAAAGUGUCGAGUGACGUCGCACGAAGAUGGGCGAACGAAGCACAAGAGGCUUUGAAUUCCGACAAUGUCAUGGUACAAUAUCACGCCCUAGGUGUAUUGUACCAGGCUCGUAAAUCCGAUAAACAUGCAGUUAUUAAAUUAGUCGGUAAAUUGAUGCGAAGCAGUCAAAAGAGUCCCUAUGCCGCUUGCAUGUUGAUUCGUAUGGCGUGCAAAUUGUUGGAGGAAAUAGAUGAAGGCACAGAACUUUUGGAUUUCGUCGAAGCGUGUUUGCGUCACAAAUCAGAAAUGGUUGUCUUUGAGGCGGCGCACGCUCUAGUAAAUUUGGGUCGCAGUGGCACACGCGAAAUACAACCAGCAAUAAGUGUUUUGCAACUGUUUUGUGGUUCGCCGAAACCUGCGCUGAAAUUCGCCGCUGUUCGUUCUUUAAACAAAGUGGCUAUGACCCAUCCUGGAGCAGUGACCGCAUGUAAUUUGGAUUUGGAAAAUUUGAUUACCGAUUCGAACAGAUCAAUUGCUACGUUGGCUAUCACGACUCUGUUGAAAACUGGAGCGGAGAGUUCUGUUGAUCGUCUAAUGAAGCAAAUUGCCACAUUCGUAUCGGAAAUAUCGGACGAAUUUAAAGUUGUCGUCGUGCAAGCUAUUAGGGCACUUUGUCAGAAGUUUCCGAGGAAGCACGCGGUUCUUAUGAAUUUCCUCUCGGCUAUGCUGAGGGAUGAGGGAGGUUUGGAAUAUAAGGCGGCGAUUGUAGAUACGAUUAUCGCCGUGAUGGAGGGCAAUGUGGAAGCCAAGGAAGCGGGACUCGCGCAUUUAUGUGAAUUUAUCGAGGAUUGCGAGCAUACGUCAUUGGCAGUGAGGAUUCUUCAUCUACUGGGUCAGGAGGGGCCAACUUCGAAGCAACCGUCACGUUACAUUCGUUUCAUCUACAAUCGUGUAAUUUUGGAGAGCGCGAGUGUACGAGCAGCAGCUGUGACAGCACUGGCACACUUUGCUGCCGCUUGUCCUCAGUUAUUGCCUAAUAUUCUCGUUCUACUAGUACGCUGUCAGCUGGAUUCUGACGACGAAGUACGAGAUCGUGCCGCUUAUUACUGCUCCAUUCUUCAAGGACAACACGACCCAACUAUUCUACCUCUGGUGCAACCUCCACUUCUUUCCAUUCCAAGUCUCGAACGAGCUCUACGUAAUUACUCACGUUCCUCCAUGGAAGAGGCCUUCGAUAUUUCCGAAAUUCCAGCUGCACAAAUUGUCGAGGAACCAAUUCCCACCGAAAUUCAUACAGCUGUCAAGCAACAGACACCAAAGCUUUCGCGCGAAGAAACUUUCAUGGAGAAAUUGUCUCAAGUUCCUCAACUUAUGAUGGCCAUACGGAAUGCACAACUCUUUAAAUCGUCACCUGUUGCUGAAUUGACAGAAUCUGAAACUGAAUACAAUGUGAAAUGCGUAAAGCACUCAUUCUCCGAAUAUCUUAUAUUACAGUUCGAUUGCUUAAACACACUGUCUGAUCAAUUACUGGAAGAUGUCAAAGUCGCGGUCGAGCCUCCUGAAGGGUACACACUGGUGUGUGAGAUACCCUGCCCAAAAUUAACGUACAACGAACCUGGUAUCACUUAUACGGUUCUGAAAUAUCCGGAGGAUAUUCAAUCGAGUGUUACUUCCAUUCCCACGACUUUGCGAUUUAUGGCUCGCGAUUGCGAUCCAACAACUGGAGUGCCAUACGCCGAUCAAGGAUACAGCGAUGAGUAUAUGUUGGAGGAUUUAGAAAUAACUUUAGCCGAUCAAAUGCGUGGAGCGGGCGGAAGGGGAGUCGACUUCAAUGCGGUUUGGGAAUCUGCUGGAACUCGAGGAUUUAUCACAGUGGAUGAGACUUUUGCUCUCGGGGCAACUGUCACAACGGUGGAAGAAGCAAUUCAACGUUUAGUUGGUUUUCUCGGUUUAGAAUCGGCUGAACGUGGCGAUCGUGGACAAUCCGGAGCUAUUGAAUUCACUGCGCUUCGUGGAAUUUUCCGCGGUGGUAAAGAAAUUUUUGCACGCGCUAAAUUUGCCUUGGCAGAAGGACAAGUUACGAUGCAAUUAUCAGUGCGAUCGCAAGAUCCCGAUGUUGCUGAAUUAAUACUUUCAUCCAUAGGAUAAAUCAUAGAUUUUAGAAAUUAAAGAGAAAGAAAUUGUACAGCCUGGGAAGUAGGAUCCACAUUAUAUUAUUAUUAUUAUUAUUAAUUAUUAUUACUAAAACAUUUUAAAAUAAACGAUAUUAUUAAAUAAAA